AUGGAGUUUCUUCUCCAAAACCUUAAUACUUCACUUAUUGUUCUAGCUAUUGCCUUUUCUAUAAUUUUUCAUUAUCUUGCUCAAAAUAACAAGUAUCAAAAGCAAAAAUCACCGCCUGAAGCAGGUGGCGCGUGGCCAAUUCUAGGUCACUUUCUCACCUUCAGCCGCCGCGAAAAGCUUCCUCAUGUAGCCCUGGGAGAAAUGGCAGACAAGUAUGGACCAGCCUUCACUAUCCGGAUAGGUAUGCACAGAGUGUUAGUGGUCAGCGAUUGGAAAGUGGCCAAAGAACUCUGCACUUCCCACGACGUUCACAUUUCAUCUCGCCCCAAGUUUCGAGCCGCCAAACACUUGGGCUACAAUUACACUAUGCUUCCUUUCACUCCCUAUGGUCCUUACUGGCGCGACGUUCGCAAACUUGCUGCCACAGAGCUACUCUCCAACCGACGGCUCAAGCAGUUCAAGCACAUAAGAGUGUCCGAGAUCGAGACAUCCUUAAAGGAGCUCUAUAAGCUUUGGACGGAAAAGAAGAAUCCGAACCAUUCCGGUCGUGUUUUGGUGGAAAUGAAGAAAUGGUUCAGUGACUUGACAUUCAAUGUGUUGCUUCAAAUGGUGGCCGGAAAACGAUACUUCGGUACAUCAGCGGUUGGUGAUGAAGAAGAGGGGCGACGUUGUCAAAGGGUUAUUAGAGAUUUUGUUAAAUUUCUUGGGGUUUUUGUGCCAGCAGAUGCCCUGUCUUUCUUAGGAUGGUUAGAUAUUGGAGGGUAUGAGAAAGCCAUGAAAGAAGUUGGUAAAGAAAUGGACUCUCUUUUUGAGGAAUGGUUACAAGAGCAUCGUCUGAAGAAAGAGACCACGGGUGGCGGCGAGGAAGAUUUCAUGGAUGCGCUGCUUUCACGAAUAGAAGAGAUUGAUCUUAAUGGUAUAUCAAAUAAACAAUUCUCUUCUAUUGUUUAA